CCUAACGACGCGCAGAGAGACGCAAGGCCUGAAUACGUUUUCGGUAACGAGGAUGACAAACAGAGAAAUGCAAGGCUGUCAUACAGAAGUUCUGAAAGCCGGGAUUCAAGGGCAACACAGUUCCUUAGUUCCUCAAGCGCUUUCCCGAUACAUUACGGAAGAUCUUCCAGUGCUGAUCCGCGAAGCUCAUCCGCCCAAAAUCACAAAGAAAACAACCAUUCACAGGGGAACAUUCACGACAUCCUUAAUGUAGCAGUGGAAAAGCUUCACUCAAAACUUGAAGAAAAUAUUUUAGAAGACUACACACACAUGACUACACAAGAGACUGGGAAAGACAAGCUUGAGGAAGAAAGAGACUCCAGCUAUCAGACGUACUUUGAGACAGCUGGUACGCAAUUUCAGACAGCUGACAUGGGAUCAGAUUGGUUACCGAGAAGAAGCUCCAACAAAUCCACAAAGUCCACGGAUAUGGAGAAGGGGAAGUCACACGGGUUAAAGGUAGACGAGACGCAGAGAAAGAAGCACAUAUACUACAGAGAGAGCAAUACGGCGUCACCAGGACUGCCUAUGGAAAACGAGGCCGACGGCCCCAACAUACAGAAUGACUCCCAAGUGAUUGUUCCAAUGUACGCGAAAGAAGAACCACCAGCCCCUGAUACAGCUAGACUGGCCGAGACGGCUGAGGCGGUCAAGUUUGAGACGCCGUACAGUGAGCGCGAACAAGAUCAACAACAUUAUAUCGACGCAAACGUUUACGAGCCUCGAUACGAAGAGCAAACUUACUCGGUACCCCUGUCUAAUGCGUCUUCUUUCAAAGAGCUAAAGAGCGCGGAGUUGUUGUAUAAUGAGCCCCGCCCCAAAGAGCCGACACACAAUGAAACUCCGAGUAAAGCGCUGAACCGCCAAGAGCCCACGCUCAAAGAGCAAUAUACUGAAUGCCCCUGCAUGGAACUUCAGUACAAUCAAUCUCAGUACAAGGAACCGCG